GAGCGCAAGCAAAAGUGAUAAAGACAGUGUGUUCAUAUAAAAUAAUAAAAUAAGGACUAUAUACAAAAAAGCUACGAAUCACAAAACGAGAGACAAACAGCAGCAACAACAACAGCAACAACAGUGGCAGAUCUGAAUGUGCAGUCCGAUUUGUCAUAUGCCUACGAUACGCACAAUUGAUUCGAAUUACAAGAAAUAUUAAUUACAAAAUUCACAGUCACAAUAAAAGAGGAUAAUCACAAUCGCAAAACAGCAAGCCGGCAUGCUAAAAAUAAAAAUCGAAGCCUUACAAAAGACGAACCGGUACAAAAUAAUACAUAUACUAUUCCAAAUAACCAGUUAGAAUCCCCCAUUUUGGGCUGUGCUAUGAAUAGUUCUUAAAUAAUAAUUGAAUUACGAUAAAAACAUAUGGAAAAUAAUUUAAAUAAUUUAAACUAGAAACACAUUUAAGCCACUUAAGUAUAUAUACAUAUAUAUAUAAUCGAUAUUCUUCCAAUUGAAUGUUUUAAAAUUAAAAUAGAAUGAAUUUUUAAUAUACUUAUAUGUAGAAUAUAUGCGCACGAGCAGCAUCUGUAUAAUUUAUGGAAACAAUCGAAAAAUAAUUGAAUAAUUUAAAUUAGUAAAGGAGCGUUGUGAAUUUUUCUUACAAAUACGAAUAUAUAUAAAAAAAAUUACAUUCGGGAACUGUAAUUGCAAUUUUACAAACUAUUAUUGACAUUUUAGAAAAAAACCAACACACACAUAGACACACAUAUACUGGUAUAAUAGGGUCGGUGGAAAACCAUUAUCCUUAAACUUAACCUCAGCCCAAGCAAACCACAUAAAGCUCUCUCUAUAGCAAUCACUAAUAACAACGACGACGACUACGACGGCGGCGACACGGCGACUUGGCCCGUUGCCAGCUCUACUCUGAGGAGUAGGCAGGAGGCCUACAUAAUAAACAAAUUUGGCAAUCAAAGCACCAGUUAGUUCUAAAGGCUCUAUCGCAACGACAGCCUCGACCUUCGCGUGUGCAGGCGUUCCACGUACACACACACACACAUCCACACACAUACACACACAUACCACACUAGUACCAGCGGUUGCCCUUCCUGCUAACCAUGACCGGAAGUGGGGCACAACUCCAGUCCAGCAUUGCAUAGCUCCGAAACGCCAAAUAAACUACGAAACGAAAAAAGAAACGACCACCGUCCGCACGCAGUGGCCGCAAAAAUGCAGGAAAUGAGCUACCUGCAGGAUAAUUCCAAAGUGGAGGCUCUCACCAAAUCUGUACUUAUCACCAUAUUGGGCGUCGCCAUAGUUCUAUCAAACCUGCUAAUCAUAGCCACAUAUGCCAACUUCAAAGGUCCCACGGAGGUCAUCAACUACUAUUUGCUAUCGCUGGCCAUUGCAGACUUGCUAUGCGGCCUACUCGUAGUACCCUUCUCCGUCUACCCGGCCCUCACGGGCGAGUGGAUGUACGGCGACAUUGUCUGUCGCUUCACCGGCUAUCUGGAGGUCACCCUCUGGGCGGUCUCCGUCUACACCUUCAUGUGGAUCUCCGUAGAUCGGUAUCUGGCUGUGCGGAAACCACUCCGAUAUGAAACAGUGCAGACAAAGACGAGAUGCCAGUGCUGGAUGGUCUUCACAUGGAUAUCCGCUGCCCUGCUCUGCUGUCCACCGAUACUAGGCUAUUCGAAGCCCAUAGAGAACAACGUGACGCACAUUUGUAUGCUCGAUUGGGGGAAUAUGGCGGCGUAUAGUGCAACACUUGCGAUAUUAAUCUUAGGUCCUAGCCUUAUUUCGAUCGUACACAACUACGGCUAUAUAUUUGUAAUGAUGCGUAAGCUUAAGUCCGGCGAGCCGAUACACGACAAAGAAUAUGCAACUGCAUUGGCUGAAAAUUUAUCGAAUCCUAGUCAUAUGAUGUCAUUCGCAUUAGUGUUUGCAUUCUGGAUGUCGUGGCUACCCUGGAUCUCGCUUCGACUGUUUGAGGUAAUCACGGGCGAGGUUAUACAAAGUACUCUUAUCAAUUUUGCAGUCGUUUGGAUUGGCAUAUUGAAUUCAUUUUGGAAAAUUCUCAUCAUGACCGGUAUGUCGCCGCAGUUUCGUAUCGCUUUGAGAGUAUUUUGCUUAACGAUUUGCUGUAAAACUAAGGGCCGUUUGCAAGCAGAGCUAAUCGGGUUGGACCCAGAUGACUAGAGUCGUUAGAUUUUCACGUGACUAAGGAUCAUUCAAUCCAAACCAAAACCAAAACCAAAACAAAAUCAAAUCCAAUUAAACACAAAAACAAAAACUAAACAAAUCAACCCUACCCAGCCAACAUACUUACAUAUGUAUAGCCUGAUCGAGUACCCGAAUUACAUAAUUGGAUUGUAAAUUACACACAACAACAAUGAGCAGAACUUUUCUGUCCCUCUAUAUGUAUACUAUACCAGUAUAUGGUUGCAUAUUUAUGGCCGUUUGGUAAUGCUACGCUCUAUAUCUAUGCUAAGAAGUACUACUAUUGUUAAUUCACAAGAAUCACGCAACUCCCAUCACCAACAGACGACAUACAGCAGACACCAAACACCAAACACCAGAACCCAGACACGAUAAAGAAACGCUAAAAGACAUAUUCAUCGCUAGUUGUAAGCCUGUAAUCCUGUUAAGAUUUUAUGACUAAACUAAACUGCGACAAGAUCGAGGUGAGGUGACUUUUAAAGCUGCCCCUGGCGGGAAUUGUAGGCUCUGCCGAACAAUAUUUUCGUCUGGGUGGUCUUGGCAAAAGCUGCUCUCCUCUCUUGUAGCAAAUUGUUAUGCUACGACCUAGUUUUAUUAGACAUGUAGUUUUUACUGUACUAUAUAUAUUGUAUUUAUGAGCUUAUACGUAUAUUGCGGAUAUAACCAGCUACAUAUAUACUAAACAUUGUAUAUACUAUACAGUUGACAGAUGAUAUACUUGUAUUGCAUAGCCUAACAUCUAUUUGAAUUGUAGCUAAAAGCAAUGGUAGGUAAUUUGUAAUACUCGGUUCGAUUCGAUUCGAUUCGCAAUUCGAUUCCAAAUUUUUAGCGGUCCUUAGGGUAAUCUCGCAAAUUGUUCAACAUAUUCAAAACAUAAACAUAUACAAAGUUUAAAACUUCUUUAUAAAUACGUUAAUUGAGAUGUAAUAUAUUUCCAAGUCCAUAUUAAGUAGAAAAGAUAUAAACAAAAUAAAUUGAAACAACAACAAGUUAACGACUGCUUACAAAAUAAAAAGCUAUGAAUAAAAGGUUGAGUGAAUCACAAUUGGCAGCUUCGAUUAAACAAGAGCCAUCUAAUUUAGGUAUACUCGUAAACUUGGUGCGAUAUUAGUCAACCGAUUUUGAUCAAAUGUUAGUAUAGAGCCAACACCAAUUACAAUUUUUGAAUAGCUAAACGAACACAGAUGAAAAGUUGCAUACACAUAUAGGUUAUUUGCUCUGAAUGUACGUUUAUUAUGUGAGAAGAGAAUAAUAUGAAGAAAUGUAUUGGGGUAUUCGCCAAAAAUAUGUCCAACUAUCAGUAUAGAGAAAAUUAACUAAAUCAAUACAUUGUUUGAAAGUUAAGUCUCUGAAUCAAGCGUAAUAUCCGCUUCUAGCGAUUAAAGAACAGAUCAACCAAAUCUAUUACUUAUUUUCAAAGUAAAUCGAAAAUGUUGCUACAUAAUUCAAAUAUUUCUAUGAAUUAAAGCUUAAAGACAAAAGACAUUGUCAAGGUGUGUUUAGAAAGACACUUGAAAGAAGUAAGUCUCGGUUUCUAAACUAAUAUUCUAUUCUAACGUUAUAUCCCUUCGCUAAGAUACAAAACGGAUCUUUAUUGUAUACGCUAUAUAUUUAAAAUGUAAUCCAAAGAUUACUUCUUAUCUAGUAUUUCAAAAAUAUUUAUGAAAUGUAGUUCCAGUCCGUUCAGCAAAUCAGAAAUAAUUCUACAUGAUGUUGAAGUAAUAUUUUUA